AUGUGGAUUUGUAUCUAUGCUGAGAGUGGCUACCGGGUGGAGAAACGAAUGACCGAAGAGAUGGAUAAUGAAGUGGAUGACGAGGGAAAGAGCAUAGUGUAUCCUAAUGUUGAGGCUUAUGUAGCUGAUAGGUGUCUAGGCAGAUAUCGCUUGCUUAGUUCUAGUGGGCAGGUUGUGGGUGGUAGUCCGCUCUUUAAGCGAAUCCUGGAAUGGAUUGCUGGUGAGCCCCCAGGGCUUAUGCAGAGUGCAAUUGAGCCCCUUGGGAUUGGGGCUUACAUUAAAGAGUACCGCUCAGAUAGAAUUAUAGUGCUGGCCACCGAAGGCUUUGCUUUAUAUAGCAACAGCGAGUAUUGGGUUAGCUCAUACUCAGCAGUUAUCGGUAUUAAUCGGAAGGAUUACUUAAUUGAGCUGCAACUGGAAAAUGGAUCUGUUUUAGCAUUAGGAGUAAUAGAUAGUCUUGAGAAAGAACUAAUGACCUUGUGCCUGCACAAAUUAGAAGACGUAAAUGAUCCUGCUAAAGAACUUGCUUGGCAAUGUAUUGCUGAAGGUCUUUCCGAGCGAAUUCCUCUUUAUGACCAGAAGCCGAGCUGUGUUUUUGGCGUGGUUAACAAUGGUAGCUUUGGCUGGGUAGGAGGAUUAUUGAGUGGGGCUUUUGGCGGAGCUCCUUCCGAGUACUUGGCAAUCACUCAGGACUUUUUGGUGUUUAGUCGAGCUGGGUCCUACUUCGCCAUUCCUUUGGAUAUGGUACGGCGUGUAGAAGUGGCGCAUGAAGGUUUUAUGGCGCGACGAUCAUCAACUCGGCUUAAAAUCCGAGAUGCCAACCAGCGCGAGUUUGUGGCGCAAUUGGCUGGUGCGGUUGGUCUGGAAGAGGUCCGGUCUAAAAUUGGCCGACCCGAGAAGACCUUCAAAGCCGAGUAUAUUAGCGUGGUUUUAGAUAUGGCAGCUGUUCAAGCCCAAGGAGGUGAUGAUAUAGACAUUGCCUACCAAAUGUACAUAGAACAAAACGAACAGGUUGAGGUUCUUAAUAUUAACCACAAACAGAGACCUUUCAAAUGGGUCUCUUGGUUUUGUAUUUGCGGUAUGGCCAGCCACCCUCGCUUCUAUGAGCAAACUUUAACUCGACACAAUUGGGUAGAUACAGACACCACCGAGCAAAUAGACAAAGACCUCUCCCGGGCCUCGUACACUCCCAGCACGAACGAAGCCGGCCUCCGCCGCGCUCUACUCGGCUUUGCCCUGGAGAAUAACAGCGAGUAUCUACAGACCCAUUCACUAAUUGGCGAAGUUCUUUAUCGCACGUUAGGCGAACACGGAACCUUCUUAGGCCUACACCAUAUCUUCAAAAGAAUCAUGCCAGGGUACACCGGCCCUAAUAUUUAUGGUUUACAAAGAGAUGUCCAUGUUCUACUUGUCUUUAUUAAGGAAAGGUUCUUAGGUCUCUAUGAAAACCUAACCGGCAAAUCAAUUGAGCUCGAAAUUCUAGUAACUCCCUGGCUAGUUGGUCUUUUCACAACUGUUUUUGGCAGGUCCUACAUUGAGCGAGUCUUUGACCACAUUGGCUGUUAUGGCGCAGUCUUUGUUUUCCGAUUAUCUUUAGGUCUUCUCGAGCGAAUGUACCGCAAGCUCUCCUGGUCCGAUAAGAACAGUUCUAUGCUCAAAGCCGCCAAAGACUAUUUAUUCAAAGGCGGAUCAGUUCCAAGCAUUGACGAAAAAGAGUUCUCUAUUCUCCUAGAAACCGCCGUCAACACCAAGUUCAUCACCCCCGAACGAGUCUCACACGAAAGAAACAAGUACGAAAUCAGCCAUCGCCAACAAUGCACCAGCACCUAG